AGUUAAAAGUGAAGUCGUAAUAUUAAAUUUUACGGUUUAAUUAUUUUUAUUAAAUUGUACCGACAUGGCAAGAAAAAGACCAAGACUUAGUCAUGAAGGGAAUCGCAGUAGAAACGACGAAAGCGAACAUCCUGAACCACCACUAUUAUUAGUAUUCGGAGUCUACGCUUAUGAAGCUAAAAGAUUCGACGAAAUAUCGUUCCAAGUAGGAGACCGAAUGAAAGUAUUACAAAAUGUUGAGGAUUAUUAUGAAGUCCUUCACUUCAAAACCAUGCGACAAGGUUUGGUACCAAAAAUGCUGGUCGAGGAGGAACGUCGAUUCGAGGAUGAAGAGUGGUUUUUCAAGGAUAUUGCCCGCGAAAAAGCUACUUCUUUAUUACUAUAUGAUACUGGAACUACAGGAACGUUUUUGAUAAGAAAGUCAAAACAGCCAUCAUUCCUAUUAUAUGUAUUGCAUAUUAAGUAUAGAGAACAUGAAGACUAUAAAGUUGCGCAUUUCGAAAUCAAAGUAUCUAAAAGUGGACGUUACUAUAUUGAAUUCAACAAUAGUUUUCCCAGUAUGCCUGCGCUUGUGUGGAAUUACAAAAAUAAUCCGUUGGAUACAUUGGGCAUUAAAUUGACAAAUCCUUGCACUAAGCAGGACGAUUCUAAUAGUCAUGGUGAUGAAAUAAUUAUACCAGUUGAAGAUAUUGAGUUUAAGUCUAACUUGAGUAGAGGAUCUUAUAAUCCUGUUUCGCAAGCACUAUGGAAAAAGAAGAAAAUCGAUGUGACAGUUCAUAAAAUAAGCAUUUAUCGUGUGAAUUCAUUAGAUAUAAUUAAAUCGGAAGCUAUGAUCAUGAAAACACUAGAUCAUCAUCGUUUGUCAUGUUUUUUCGGUAUAUCCACCACUUCUGAAGAAAUUUGGACGAUUACAAGUUACGUAAAAGGAGGAAGUCUUUUAAACUAUCUCAAGGGACUUGAUCAUUUAGAUAAAUCAUUAAUGUAUCGUAUUUCUAAGGAAAUCGCUGAGGGCAUGUUGUACCUCCAACAAAGAAAUUUCGUUCAUAAAGAAUUAACAAGCAGAAACAUCCUUCUUAACUUUCAAAAUGGUAUAAAAAUUUAUAACCAUUGGAAUUCUAGAAUUAGAAAAAGCGAAUCAUAUAGCAGAGCAGAUGAUAUGUGGAAAUAUUCAGCUCCUGAAGUCCUAAAAGAUAGCAAUUAUUCAGUGAAGUCUGACGUAUGGAGUUUUGGAAUUAUUCUGUAUGAAAUUUUUUCUAAUGGAAAGGAAAUUUACGAAGGUAAAUCAAAAACCGAUAUUUGCAGCUGGUUAAAUUCUGGAAAUAGAUUAUUGAAGCCUGAACAUGCCGAUGAUGAAAUUUAUGGUCGCAUGUCCAAAUGUUGGCAGUGGAGUACAGAGGAUAGACCAAAUUUCGAAGAUUUAUACAAUUUCUUCUGUAAUAGGUCGUCUGUGUAGUGAUAAAAAUUCUACAAAUAUUGUUCAUAAAAACUUUGUAUUUUUGUUCUUGAUACUACAUUACUUUUCUUACAAACUUCUACAAACUAGAAAUAUUGGAUUAAUAAAGAUAAACUAGUAGUAAAUCGCAAUUUGCUAACCUUAAAAAAUCGAUGUAAGUGUGUGCAUAUUUGUAUGCUUGAAUACAAUUUUUCGUCCACGAUUUUGGGCGCAUCGAUCAACCGAUUUGAAUGAUUCAAAAAACAUU